AUGGCCGACAACGAGGAUACAGGCGCCCCUGUAGCGGAGCCUCUGGACCUUGGCCGACUCCACGUGAGUAUCACCUCUGCCCGUGAGCCUCGUCAUGCGAUUCCCCCUCCUGACAGAACGACUACGACACAGGCAUAUGACAGUCAUUGCAACCUUGUCCUAGGCGAUGUCGAGGAGACUAUAUACGUCGUGGAUGAAGACGAUGAGACCGAGGAGAACCUGCGGACAAUCAAGAAGCAGGAGGAGAUGCUCUUCGUUCGAGGUUAG